AAGUGAAACAAGACUGCCAAACAAAGAAUGUUACCCUAACAAGUGGGCCAGCUGUGGAAGCUCCACAUUCUGAGAAGAAUAUUCUUGACUCUCCUCAAACAUUUUCACAAGUAGUUCUUGAAAAUAUUGGAGAAAAUAUUCACCUGGACACAUUAACACUAUUGGUAGAUAACAUCAGUGCUCUUUCGGGAGAUAGUACCUUCCAUAUUGAACAGAUAAAUGAGAAGAAGGCUGCAGUAGUAACCUUUCAGCAAAGCACUGCAGCUGCAAAUUUUCUCAAGCAAUGUUCCACAAACUACAGAUUCCAGCAGUGUAGACUUACAGCCAGACCUCUCGAAUUGACUAAUGAAAUCAAAGUGGAGAACAUCCCAGCUGCAACAUCCAGUGAAUUCCUAACACUCUAUUUUGAAAGUCCAAAACAUGGAGGAGGACGGGUGUCUGAUAUUCAGAUGUUACCCACAGAAGAUUCAGCUCUGGUUACAUUUGGUGACUCUCAAGCUGCCCUGACAGCAUUGAAAAAGCAGCACUCAUUAAAUGGCCAGUCAGUCCUGGUUUAUCCAUUCUACAAUUCAUUGGAUACAGUUUUGUAUGGAAAGGAGAAGCCACAAAUCAAGAUGCCAGAAUCUAUCAGUGUCCCUUUAGAUCCUUAUAUAUGGCAAUUUAUACAAGGAAAGUUUACCUUAAUUCAAGAAGUAGAGAAAGAAAUGGCCAAUUGUUUCUGUGAACUAAUAUGGCCCCAGGCAACUUGUGAGAAACCAAAAGUCUUACUGUCUCCCUCAGCUAUCUUAGCUAAACAAGGAACAUCCAUAAAAGAAUUGGUUAGGUCUUGGAAAGAUAAGGUUUCUGUAGAGUUUGCAUGCAUCCUGUCAAAAUUCAAGACAGUUAAAUGCAAAAUCAUUCCAGAAAAAUGGGAGACCAUUGAAAACAAUUUGUUAAAAAAUGUGUUGGCUGUGCCGGAUGACUCCAAAAAUUGUGUUACUCUAGCUGGUUUUGCAUUCACUGUGGAUAGUGUGGAGAAAGAGUUGAGGGAAUAUGUAGAACAUUUGACCAAGGAUGCUGAAAUAGCCGGGCAAACAUUGCAGCAAACAUUGUCAAUUUCCCCAGUGAAGUAUAAAGUUUUGCAGCAGAUCUUGCUAGAAGAGAAUAUCAAUGAAGAAAACACUGGGCAAAAAUGGUGUUACGAUGCUUCAGCAAAGCAGUUGCAACUGAAUGGAAUAGCUGCAGAGGUUUACAAAAUGAAAAGUGAUUUACUAGAGAAGAUGAUCGGGAUAGGAGAGAAAAAUGUCAACAUUCAUCCUUCUAUUUUCCAAUUCCUACAAAGUGCAGACCCUGACACGGUGUCAGGGAGCCUGUUUAGGGCAAAUAAAAUUAAUGCAGCCUAUGAACUUACAGAUGAUUCUAUAGCAUUGGUAGGAUAUUGUCCUGAAGGCCUCUUAAAAGCAGAGGAACAAAUAAAUAAAUGCUUGACUCAUGAACACAUUAUAUUGAAGGACCCAGAACUCACCAACAGAAAGCAAUGGAAAGAAUUAAUUAAGCAUCUGCAGAAGCUAAAAAAUUCUGUUGAAAAAAGUGUAAUAAUUGACGACAGGGUUGAUUUGCAUUGGGAUGCUGAAAUUGUUGUAGCUGGUUAUACAAAAGUUGUAGCAGAUGUCUAUCAGCAACUUUCUGAUUUUGUUGAAAAAAACACAAACAUGCACAUCGUAAUUCCUGCCAAGUCAGUGGCUAUUGUGCAGUUUAUACAGGAGGAAAAGCGAAAGGUUUGGUGUGAUUUGAAUAAGAAGGGCCUGAGAAUUAAUUUUGGACUCCUGCCAAAACAGAAGAACAUUGUCUUGAGUGGACCCAAGGAAGUAGUGACAAAAGCAACAGUGGUGGUGGAACAAAUGCUCUCUUCGCUCUACUCCGUAAACGUAGUGUUUGAUAAACCUGGAGUGAAAGACUUUUUCAAAAACCAAGAACAUUAUUAUGUUAAGCUAGUAAAAAUGGAAUUCAGCUCUUUGAUCAGAUUGCAAAGCGAUGAUGAGAAAAAUGGAGGUUCUGGGGAAAAUGUAGAACACCUUCAAACCAAGGUAAACUUUAAAAAUGGUGUGGUGAUAGAGGUCUUCAUGGGAGACCUGACCACUUAUCAAGCAGAUGUUGUGGUCAAUGCAUCAAAUGAAACACUGAAGCACAUUGGUGGCCUUGCCAAUGCUUUGCUAAAAGCGGCUGGCCCACAGUUACAAGAUGAAUGUGAUGUUAUCAUACAGAAACGUGGAGAUCUGAAGCCCGGCUGCGCAGUAAUCACAGGAGCUGGGAACUUGCCGUGUAAACAGGUGAUUCAUGCUGUUGGCCCAAGGUGGACCAGUGCCAACAAAGAAAACUCUAUACAACUCUUAAAGAAAGCUGUAAGGGAAAGCUUAAAACUGGCAGAAAAAUGCAGGCAUCGCUCCAUAGCUAUCCCUGCCAUAAG